UCCAGGACGGAGUGCGCAUGCACGGUCCUCUGGGCAUCAAGAUGGCGAUGGAGAUUCGGCUUCCUGUGGCCCGCACUCGGCUCCCUGAGAGCUUGGACCGGGACACACAGAAGCACUUGGUGGUGCCCGGGGACACGAUCACCACGGAUACCGGCUUCAUGCGGGGCCAUGGUACCUAUAUGGGAGAUGAGAAGCUAAUAGCAUCUGUGGCUGGCUCUGUGGAGAGAGUAAACAAGCUGAUCUGUGUGAAAGCUUUGAAAACAAGGUAUAAUGGUGAAGUAGGAGACAUUGUAGUGGGGAGAAUCACAGAGGUUCAGCAGAAGCGGUGGAAGGUAGAGACCAACUCCAGGCUGGAUUCAGUCUUGCUUCUCUCAUCCAUGAACCUUCCAGGAGGAGAGCUGAGGAGAAGAUCUGCAGAAGAUGAACUUGCAAUGAGGGACUUCUUACAGGAAGGGGACCUCAUCAGUGCUGAAGUCCAGGCGGUAUUUUCUGAUGGUGCUGUGUCUCUACAUACCAGGAGUCUAAAAUAUGGAAAACUUGGGCAGGGUGUUCUCGUCCAGGUUUCUCCUUCCCUGGUGAAACGACAGAAGACUCAUUUUCAUGACUUGCCUUGUGGUGCCUCUGUGAUAUUGGGCAAUAAUGGCUUCAUCUGGAUCUACCCCACCCCUGAGCAGAGAGAAGAAGAGGCAGGAAGCUUCAUUGCCAAUCUAGAGCCAGUACCACUUUCUGAUCGGGAGGUGAUAUCUCGGCUCCGGAACUGCAUUGUUUCCCUGGUGGCUCAGAAGAUGAUGUUGUUUGACACUAGUCUUCUGUACUGCUAUGAAGCAUCUCUUCCCCAUCAGAUCAAGGACAUUUUAAAACCAGAGAUAAUGGAAGAAAUUGUAAUGGAAACUCGACAGAGGCUUUUGGAACAGGAGGGAUAAGGAAUCUGGAGAUGAAGACUGCUGUAUAUUUUUGGCUGAUGCACAUCUUGGGGAGAGCCUAGUCGUGUGACUAGUUCUUAGUUGGAACAUGACAGCUGUUUAGAUAGAAGUUUUGACCAAUAUAUGCAAAGGAGCCACUGUGAUGGACACCCAGCAUUAAGCUAAAUGAAGAGCCAAGAAAAGAAUCGCGUGGUCAGCGCUGACAAGCGUUCUUCUGUCUCUUACCUGUAGCUGCUCUUUCUUCUUUCCCUUUAUAUAGAAAAUGAGGGUGAUAAAAACAUAAGUGGAAAAUUGUGCCUUUGGGCUCUUUAGUUGGAGCUUGAGUCCAAGCAGUAGAUGGCAGUUUCAGCUUAUUAAAAGUAUGUGAUGUUCCCGGCCAGAAUUUGCUUCGCUGCCUGGGAUAAUAAAGAGAAUCCUUUGUCUCCCACCCACCAUCAUUCCCACAGAACAAUGUAAAUAAACCCAGUGACCCAUGAAAUUGGCCCUAUAAAAGACAUAGCAACUCUGACCCCAAAUGUUACUUUUCAGGCUUUUUUUUUUAACAAAAACAUAUCACAUUCCAGUUGUAUUUUAAUCAGUUUUUUAGAUUAAGUCUAAAAGGUGGCAGCUUACUUAGUUGGAAUCUUGUAUCCCAUUUAAUGGGCUACUUUAAAAACAUAGAUUUAACUUUGGUGAACAUUGCCUUACAACCCUGAGAAUGGACUCUGGAUUCAUCCUUAGAAGAGUGGAUCCUCUUCACCAAGACCUCUUAGUUCUGCCCAAAAAGAUAUUUUUUUAUACAGAUUCCGAAGGUACUUGAAUUGCCAUUGUUGAUGCACAAGUCAUCUUGGACUGAUAUUAGAGAGGAUGAAUUAAUUGAGUCUGUACACUUUAAGAGGAGUGAAAUGAGACAGAGACAGUGGUUUUGGGGACAUGGGCGUUCUCGUGCAGUGUUUUUAUGUAGUUUUGAUUAGGUUGUUCAAAGACAAUUGUUUACAAAAUUUUUUCUAAAUAUUGUACAUGUGCACAUAUUGUUUUGGUACACUGGUGGAAUUCCUAGAAUUUGGUUUCUGCUUUUCUGUUCUUUAUCACUGUUGGAGGCUGAUUUGAGUGAAAGGUAUCUGCUGACAGAUUCAUCACAUCACACCCCACCCAAAGGAUUUGAAAGAUAAAUGCAAUAGUUAAAAUAUAUUGCCUUUUAUUUGAGCUUUGGGUUAUAUUUGACAAGGCUUGAAUAUAUAUUGGAUAAUUUUUUCCUGGAAUGAUACGUUAGUUUCCUUAUGUAGUCACCCAUGAUCCCAAACAUGUCACUCCUGUCCCCAGUUUUUGUCACCCAUUCUAUUUUCAGUGAGUUUGCAAAGUGAAAUGAUUUGUUUAGCUCUAUUUGCCUUGUAUUUAGUAGUUCUUUGUAUUUUUAAAGAAUAAUUUUCUAGCUCAUAAUACUUUAAGAGAAAUGAAAGGGCAUAAGUGGAAGCUUGUCCAUGGUAGUUGAUUGAGGGGUUUGGUUUGAGACCAGAUUGUAAGUCCCUUGAGAGCAGGGACCAUGUUAUGGUGCUGUGCACACACAGGUGUUCAAUAAAUAUUUGUUGAAAAAAA